AUGGAUAUUUUUGCCAUUGAGAGGAAAGGAAGGGCACCGCGUGGUUUAUCUAUUCCCAUCCAUUUCCAAGAAGAAGGAAAACCAGCGCAGAGGAGAUCGGAGAUACCAUAAAGAUGCGGUCUCAGGUGUUCUCGCUCUCAGCCAAUACCAGCUUUCUGCGCCAAGCUCUUCCACUUCUCGUUAAACCCUACAAAACCAUUCUCUCGCCCACUGCUCUCACUUCCUCAUCUGCUUCACAAUCCCUCCUUUGCAAUAUUCCACUUCUUGCACCCGUCAACCUAUUCCCCUCCAGUUCUCUUCGCAACUUCACCUCACGAGCCACCCAUGUCAAUGACGCUGGCUCCGUCGACUUGCCUCUUAUUCAGUCCAUGCACAACAAGAUAAAGGAACAACUCAAUGCAGAAUCUGUCACCGUGAAGGAUGCUUAUGGCGAUGGUCGGCAUGUUAGUAUUGAUGUGGUAUCUACUGCCUUUGAGGGACAAUCAGCAGUUAAUAGGCAAAGGAUGGUCUAUAAAGCUAUAUGGGAGGAGCUUCAGAGUGUAGUCCAUGCAGUUGAUCAAAUGACUACUAGCACUCCUGCUGAAGCAGCCGCAAGAAGUGACAGAGGAUAAUGAGAGCAUACUUUGACUUCUUAUUCACGCUCUUUAUAGAUUUUUGCAUUGCUGUUUUCUAGGAAUGAAUUCCUAAUUUUAAACUACCAUUACAGUAUUUCACAUGCUACUGAACAUCAGGUUUUCAAUGCCACACUUCCUUGGAGUUUCUACAUUCUAUAAUUUGGCAGUCAAUUACUUGGCCAA